AUGUGUGAUCUCUUGUGGCUGGACCCAGAGGACGUACAAGGGUGGGCGAUUCUGCCACGCGGUGCUGGGUUUCUCUUUGGAAACAACGAAGUACAGCAGUUUCUUCACCGCAACGACGUGUCGCUCAUAGCGCGAGCACACCAGCUUGUCAUGGAGGGCUACAAGGAGAUGUUUGAUGGUGGAUUGGUGACGGUGUGGCUGGCACCCAACUACUGUUAUCGAUGCGGAAACAUCGCUCUGGUGCUUACUAUCACCGACGAUCUCGAGCGCCAUUACAAGGUGUUUGAGGCGGUGACCCCAGAGAACGACACCCCUACAAAGAGACCUCAAACCGACUACUUUAUAUGA